AUGGAUCUGUUGAAUGAUGAUGAACUAGACUUAGAUUUACCUGUAACUGCAGAAAUAUCUAAGGAGCUGUUUGCAACAGAAAUCGAGAAGUAUCGUGAAUCUCGUAGUAAUGGGGCCGAUAUUGCUGGCUUUGACGUUGACAGAUUUUUGAUACAGAAAAACUUUCACUAUCUUCCCCUUGAUUUCCUUAUUAGAGAUUUAUCCAGCCUUUCGCAGAAAAUGGUUGAAACACUGUUAGAAGAGAUAAGAAAUAAUUACAACGACUAUUUAACUUUCUCCAGUACUUAUACGGACGAGGAGAACGAAACAUUAUUAAAUUUAGAGAGGACACAAAGUGACCUCCAGCAAUUCAUGACUCAGUUGGGUCAUUUGAUACAGAAUGAUAUCACCAAUACACAAGAGAUCAUAAAGGAUGUCUUGGAAUACUUGAAGAAAUUGGAUGAAAUUUACGGUUCAUUACGCAAUCAUUCACACCUGACAGAAGCGCUAUUACUGGGGAAAAAGCUGAGUAUAUCUCUUCAUGAAAUGUGUGGCAUAGAACCAUUAGAAGAGGAAAUAUGUUCUGGUUUAAUUGAGCAAUUGUAUGGUUUGGUCACAACGUCACGUCGAAUAUUGGAAUCCUUUGUUGCUUCGAAUUCGCCAUAUACUCAUCACUUACGUAAUGAUUACCAAGACCUUCUGCAAGAAUUUCAAAUCUCCCUGAAAAUUUUGACGGAAAAGUGCCUAGAAGACCCAUCAAGCUUCCAAAACCUAUCUUUGACUCUAGUCUCCAUGAUGAAAACCCGGUAA